ACAGUCGUGCUUGCCUUGGCAACCAAUGGUUAACGCCGGCGCCCGAUAACGUUUAUUUAUUUAUUUUGUUGCAAGUUGCGGAAUUUGAAUAUUAGGAAUGGUUGACAAAUUUGGCAGUUACUGCAUGUGAUUAGAAUACAUUUGCAAAUCUUUUUAAAACUUUGUUCGCUGAACUAAGGAAGAACAGUACAGUCCAUUAUGAUAAAAUUUGGCAGAAGAGAAGAUAACUAGUUGCUUUACUAGUUGCACAUGCGGCGUGUUGUUCUGCUUUUAGAGUACUCGCCAGCAAGACGUGGGGCAUUAUUUAAAGUUUUAUGCUAUUAAAGCCACAGUAUGAAGAAAUGUGGAAACGUGGACUGAAUAAAUGUCUCAGAAAGAAGAUGAGUGUUUAAUGGUUAAUGUGUUGACCUUAAGAAAGAGGUUGACAGAAACUGAUGAAAGCUUGCAAAGUAUAGAAAAAGUGCUUCAAGGUGACGUUUCAAGUGAAGUUUCAUACUGCAGCUCUGAGUGCAGCUUUUCUGCAGGACUGACACUUGAAGAUCUUAGUGGACCACAUUGUAUUGAAAGUACAAGCACCUUGCUGAACAAUGCAAAGAUGUCUCUCAGGAGAAGCAGUGGGAUGAGUUCUGAUAUAACCACUGUAUCAAAUGCUAAGUCUUAUGUAGGACCUGUAGCAGCACUGAGAAGUGCAGAGCAAGAAGCUGAGCAACUUGGAUGGAAAUUAAAAAUGGUAGAAGAGGAAAAUUUCCAGUUAAGGUCACAGAAUUGUAGUUUAAGGAAUGACCAUGAUUCUUUGCAGUCCAGAAUAAAUCUGUUAAAAGUAAAGCUCCAUCACCAUGAUGACCCUGCUCUUUCUACACAAAAAGUUACUGUUACAGAAUUGGAGGAACACAUACUUAGCUUGGAAGCAGAAGUAGAUGCCCAAGAAAGAAUUCUGAGAGACACAGAAGAUAAACUAGAACUAAGCCAGAGAAUAGUUGUGGAGAAGGAACGUAUGCUACAGAAAAUUAAGGAAAAUUGUAGAAAACUAGAAAAUGAAUUACUUGAGAAAGUUAAAAAUGGAAAAAGAACUGAAUAUCAAAGAAAUGAAGCUUUACUUAAUGCUGAAAAACUGACUGUGGCAUUUAGACAACAUAAGCAGAAAACUGCAAAGCAAGUAAGACUGGUAAGUUGUAAAUGUAAAGCUGAGUAG